GCAAAUGAUUUUUCGAAGAAGGCGCUUGUGUAGUUAGCCAAGAAGAGAGGACCGUGGCGACGGCGGGUGGUGAUUCAGUCCUUAUUAACUCCAUUCGUUUAUUACAACAAAAAAGUCACUAAAAAUAUUUUUCUUAAUUUCAAUCCGCAUCCUGAAUUAUCACCGACAUUGAAGCCACCCUUUCCUUUUCACUUUGUUCGCUUCUUUCAGUUUUUACAUCACUGUGCUGCUUUCUCUCUCUCCCUCUCUCUCACGCUCGGCGCGCGUGUGUGUGUGUAUAUAUAUAUAUAAAAACUGUGACUUUGUAUCGUGUUUCUCCACUGGUAGAACGGCCCAACGAACUCAAUAGUACUACGGUUAGUUAUACUCUGUGGAAAUAGAAGCAAAAGUCGUGGAUGAAACGAAGAAAUAAGAGAAAACAACUUUUCACACGGAUAGUACUUAGUCACUCUCGUCUCUCCAUUUUCUCCCCUCUGUCAACUAAUCGUGUAUGCAUCGGAGUGUAGAGCCACCCGUUUGUAUGAAUAUUUAUUUGUGUGUGUAGUGCGUGCGGUGAUUCACACUCUUCUGGGGGCGCCGGGCCGUUCCGUUUAGACAGAAGUGAACAUCAACCAAAAACAUCGAAUCGGUUUCUCCAGGCGUUUCCACCACUUACGUUUAUUCACUUUAAUAACCUGUCACCUGAGUACUUUUUUCUUUCGUAGAUCUUGGUUGAAACAACCAGAGAUGAAAGAGUUUAUCCAAAAAUAAAAGAAGGAACGCUUAUUCUUCCAAAGGAACAUCCAGCACCAACGUUGAAUUAGUUCUUCACCUUUAUUACGAAACAUGUUUAAAUGGAGUUGAUUCACUUCUCUCAUUUCAUUUCCAUCUGAACUUAAUUUUUUGACGUUAAGGGACUUGAAAAAUUCUGUAUUCUCGGUAAUAGUGAAACAAUUCAAUUACAUGUACAUUUGUCCCUUGUCCUUACAAGCAGCGUUACUGUGAUCCUGAAAAAUUGUGAUUUUUCAUCUUAAAUAUUAUUCAGAACAGUGUUUAGAACAUUUAAAAAAAGAGAGUGGGAGAACCUUUGAGUUUUUAUAGUAAUAAAGGGAAAAGUGACAAGACCGUUUCAACAUCAAUUGAUUAAUAGAAAAACCUUCAUCUAAAAGUAGAGUAAUCAGUUGCAGCCAAGAUAAUGCUGAGAUAUCGAUAUUCUUCAUCAAUACAUUAAUAAUAACUCUUUGGAAUACUGAGAACUGAAACGGAGGAUUUUUUAAAAUAUUGUGUUGUGACACAAUCGAUUAUUGCUCUUUCUGUUACAAUUACUCAUUGGUAAAAUUGUGAAAAAAGAGGAAGUUUCAACAAGGUGCCUACAAGUUAAAGCGACGGCGGCCACAGAGGGACUACAUCAGAAGUAGCAUAAUGUCAGAUGAAGAAGACAAACCACCUGCGCCUCCAGUUCGACUCACUUCCAACAGAGGUGACUCAGCACCAAAUUUGCCUGUGGAUAUGCGCCCAUUACCAAAGGAACCAGACUCGGAUGAAAGAAAAAAGAAAAUAUUAAAAGGGAAGAUGAAAGUCAAAGAGAAUAAAGAUAAGCCUAAUAUCAGUUAUCCAACGAAUUUUGAGCACACUGUACACGUUGGUUUCGAUGCUGUCACUGGAGAGUUCACGGGGAUGCCAGAAGCAUGGGCGAGACUGCUUAUGUCGAGCAAUAUCAGCAAGCAGGAGCAGAAAAAGAAUCCCCAAGCAGUGCUCGAUGUUUUGAACUGGUACGACAGCAGCAGUAAGGAAGUAAAGGGAUCAAAAUAUAUGACGACUACAAAAAUGGUUGGAGUUAGUGCCCCUUUAGACAGGGCAAGCAGUCCACGUAGUAUGGGGACGAGCAUAAACAUUGGAAUGGGAAAUCUUCGCGGACAAGCGAUGUCACAAGCCUCUGGCAGUUCGCAUUCGCAACAGUCAUUGAGUCGAGUUAGCAGUAGUAGUCCGAGUAGUACACCAACAGACGCAUGUGCAACCAGCUCCGAACAGGAAGAUGAUCCACCACCUCCACCAAUCUCAGCAAGACCUGAGCGCACGAAAUCAAUCUACACAAAACCAAUCGAGGAAGAACCGUCGUCACCGCCGGUCCCCACCUCUCUGGGUUCACCUCAACGAAAUGGGACUCCUCAACCGCAGCAUCAAUCACUUGAUAGAAAUAAAAAUCAGGCGAGUCCAACACCAACCGCGACUGAUCAGUCGAGGCCAGCUCAGAGUGAUAGGGCUCGUAAGAAAAAAAUGUCCGACGAUGAGAUAUUGGAAAAACUCAGGACAAUAGUUAGUGUCGGUGAUCCAAACAGAAAGUACAAUAAGAUGGAGAAGAUUGGGCAGGGAGCUUCCGGUACGGUCUACACAGCAAUUGAAACCUCAACGGGAAUGGAAGUGGCAAUAAAACAAAUGAAUCUUUCGCAACAGCCAAAGAAGGAACUGAUUAUAAACGAGAUUCUAGUUAUGCGGGAGAAUAAACAUCCAAACGUCGUUAAUUACCUUGACAGUUAUCUCGUUGGUGAGGAGCUUUGGGUAGUUAUGGAGUAUCUUCCUGGUGGUAGUUUAACAGAUGUUGUGACUGAAACGUGUAUGGAUGAGGGGCAAAUAGCAGCUGUAUGCCGUGAAGUGUUACAGGCACUUGAAUUUUUGCACUGUAAUCAAGUUAUACAUAGGGAUAUUAAGUCUGAUAAUAUAUUACUUGGAUUGGAUGGUGGUGUUAAAUUAACCGAUUUUGGGUUUUGCGCACAAAUAUCACCAGAGCAGAGUAAAAGAACUACAAUGGUGGGUACACCGUACUGGAUGGCGCCGGAAGUUGUUACGAGAAAACAAUACGGACCGAAAGUGGAUAUUUGGUCACUGGGUAUCAUGGCAAUCGAAAUGAUCGAGGGCGAACCUCCUUAUCUGAACGAAAAUCCCCUUCGAGCAUUAUAUCUGAUCGCAACGAAUGGAAAACCAGAAAUCAAAGAGAAAGAGAAGCUUUCUCCAAUUUUUCAGGAUUUCUUGGACCAGUGUCUGGAGGUUGAAGUCGAAAAGCGCUCAGGAGCUUUUGAAUUAUUAAAGCAUCCUUUCCUGAAAUUUUCAAAGCCAUUAGCUUCUCUUACACCAUUGAUAAUGGCAGCUAAAGAGGCAGCUAAGGGACACUAAAGAUUUCACAUGAACUUUUAACCCUGAAAAAUGGCAUGAAAAAAAAACACAAAGUAUUGAAAAGAUAUAUGGAUAUCAACCCUCCCGGAAUGGUAACGGCACAAUAAUUUAAUAAUAUAUAACAGUUAAUAAGUAUAAAUAGUAUAUGUAUAGGUAGUAGUUAGUUUAAACUUGUUCGAUACCGAGUAAGUAUCGAUUCAUUAUUUCACGAUUCACGAUGCAAUCGAUUUUCUAUACAGUGAAAAUUCAAUGUUGAAACCUAUGAAAUGAAGAAUGAUCUGGCAUAUUAUGGGAUGAAACAUUCACCAGUAAUUCAUUUCUUUUUGUAGAACGAAUGAAAACUUCUGGUGUUUGUUCAAUCCAACGCCAGUUAUUUUCUACAAACGAUAAAUUAGUAUUACUGACUCAAGUUGACAAAAAAUUAGCGAACUGUUGACAAAGGGAAAGAAAACAGCAACAUUACCUACUGCAAAAACGCAGUUAGAUAAUGACAUAAGCAGAUAUGGAUGAUUAAUUAGGAAAUACCUAUUCUAAUAAUAUUAUUUCAUCAAAGAAUAUAGUGAAGGAGAAAAAUAAUGAUUAAACGAAUACAAGAUUGGUCUUCACGUCAGACUUAUAUUUUUUGAAAUAUAAAAAUUAAAUUAAAAAGGAAAACUGAUAAAGAUAGAGAAUAUGAGAAUGUUUAAUUAUUUUUUAUCGGUCAUUGUAGAUUUGCAAGCAGCCUUCAUGAGUAUUUCAACGAGGGUUUUAAAAUUUCACUGAUCUUGAACAAAAAAUAUCAAAUAAAUUAAACUAUCAUUGAGGGUGCAACAUUUUAAAAGAAAUAACAGUUAAUGAUAACUCAGCUGACAUAUGGGGAAAGAGACUGUUGAGUUGAAAGUUAUACAAUUGAAGAAUAAUAGGGUCUUCUUACUAAUGUAUAUUUUUGGAAAACAAUGUUCAAUGAUCUAUUGGAGAGGUACAGAUAUGGCGGGCAAGUGCAAAUAACAAUGAGAACCGAUUUUCGACUUUAGAAAAGUUCUACGUAAGUAACAUGUGAUGGGUUGCGCUGAAAAUUGAGUACAAUGUUGCCUACACUGAUAGGAAUAAAAGUAAGGAUUUGUUUUCCAAUCGGACGAUUAUUCGUUCCUAAAAUUUUCGAUUUUUGUGUGAUAUAAAACGGGUGAUAUUCUGAUUGAAAAGUGGAUCUUUACUGUCAUUGAUAUUAAUGCUCUGAACAUCGAGUUCAAUUAUUAAAUGUACUUAAGUUGGAAAUCAGCUUCAUCAUUGGUCUUUGACAAUAUCCGUCAGGAUCUAUUUAAUGCUUUUCCGGCUUUCAUUUAACAUUCUUCCAAGUAUAUUUACUCAUUUUUCAAUUGGAGAACUUUUGGUACUUAAUAGUCUCCCCUCAAGAGGCUUUCUCAAUUGGUUUUUAAAAAACAAAGAAAGGGUCGUAGUGAACUAAAAUUUUCAAAAAAUCAUUAAUAAUGAGUUUGGAAGAUUAUUGGAAAGUGUUGAACCGUUGUUACGUUAUUUUCAGUAUUCAAUUAAUUAUUAAAGUUACUCUUUAUACCGGAAGUUAUGUGGAUCUUGGACGAUUUUAGCAGUUUACUUGUUUUGUUGACUGAUCGAUAAUAUAUGGCACAAUGGCCCAACAUUUUCUAGAAAAUUUUUUGAUUCAUUAUCAACAAUUAUUGAAAAAUAUAAAUUCGCUAUCCCCUUUUCUCGUUUCCCAAUAAAAAAAUAAAGCAAAGUACGUAUGAGUUUCUACAAAUGAAUAAAUUCGGUGGCCAAUAAAUAUCAGACAUCAAACAAAUGAUGAUAGUUUGACAGUAAAAAAUGUGCAUUAUUGGUCAUUAAUCAAUUCAUCACAUAAAUCUGGGCAAUUACAAACAAAUUAUUUGCUUGACUUUUCUCAAAUUGCUUAGAUAAAUUUAUUCAAAUUUUAUAUCAUGCAUAGGAAAAUUCGGGAGAAACGAGAAGUAAAUGGCAAUCUUUGUUGAAGUACGAUUUUACAUUUAUUCAUCUCGCGAUGCUAAUUGAGAAAGGAACAGAAAAAAAUGAUCUAAGAAAUUUUAAGACAAGGCUGAGGACGUAGGAACGAUUGUGUUGACACUUUAAAGUGCCUGUACGUCCUGUCAUGUUUAGAGACACGUGUCGUUGUAACGAAAAAAAAAACACCAAAAUGUAAUAACGAUGAAGAAAUUUGUGGUGUAAUCCCUCAGGGAUCAUGGAGUAUCGUUCAUAAACAGUUUAAAAAGACGUCUUCAUUACUCUGCCCACGAAGAAGUGUUUCAUGUACGGCGUAAUGAAUGUCGUUCGUCACUCAGCCGAAAUAGUAUAUUUCUAAUUUAAAAGGAUGUGAAAUAAAGUUGACACGCUCGCGUGCCGAAUUACCUCCUUCCCUCAGCCAAAGGACCAGGGAGUUAAGUACACGGGUAAGGAAAAAUGUACAUGGAAUGUAACCCAUGUGGAGACACAUACGUGUCUCACAACCAAUCACAUUGCAACAUUUUUUGCUAAUUCCGUCUAAUUUUUCAAUCUAAUCGAUUACACAGAUAUGUCUCUGUAUGGAUUACACUUUUUUAUUUUCACUUUUACCUUCAUCUUAGUUCGCGUACUUAGACAUUACUUUAUCACAUUGUACGUAAACCACCGUUUUCAAUAUACUAUUGGCAUUUUUAUCACACUGCCCAUAAAACGUCGUUUUACAGACACUUUUUGUCCGUCAAACGCUGCUUACGGAUAAUGUGAAGAAAAAUUAUGUUCGUGACUUGACCAAAAACAACUUUUCUGAUUCGUGUGAUUGCAUUCCUCGGCUUCGCGUCGGUCUGUAAACCUCACACUUGUCAGAAAACUUUUUUUGACUGCUGCCACGUUCACCUCGUACGGAAAGUACUUUUCGUUUACUUGCUAACGAAAAAGGUACAGUUUGGCCACUCGCUGAACGUAACAUCACUGAGAAAAAAUAUUGCUCGACACAUGUGAGACGGGAAUUUUCAGCUCGUAUGAUUAGUAGCUCUCGGUUUCGUCUCGGGCCGCCAACUUCACACUCAUGAAAAUUCCGUCUCACUCAUAUCGUAAUAUAUUAUUUUGACCUUGUGACGAGAAUUUUCUUGGCAUGGCUAGCUUCAGAUUAUUCAAUGUGUUUUUAUUCAGGUUCCUAUUCAGUCUUUACUUGUAUUAGCAACUAAACAAGAAUCUGAGAAAUUAGACGUUGAAUAACUUGAGGUUAGCCACGCGCAGAAAAAUGUCAUAUAUGUAAAAUCACACGUCCAAAGCCACUUUCCUGACACUAUAUAGGUCCGAUAAACUGCAAUGCUAACUUCGCUUCUCUUACGUGAUUAUAUGUAAACUUACUUUCGUCAGAUAAUACUUUUAUAGCCUAAUGGCAUAAUGUACUAUUUUGUCGCUGCUGGUACGUUUACCCCUUGCCGAAAAGUGCCUUUUCAUUCGCUUAUAAACGGAAAAAGGCACCGUUCGCCACUCGUUGAACGUUACACUAUUGACAAAAAAAUAUCGUUCAACACAUGGGCAACGGUAAUUUUUCGGCUCGUAUGAUUGGUAGCCCUGGACUUCGUCUCGGUCCUCCAACUUCACAGCCGUGAAAAACCUGUCGCACUUGUCUCGAAAUAAUGAUUUCAAUCAUAGGCCAGGUGUCCGAUUUCCGCACGCGAACAUGGAUCUUGUAUUUUACCACGCCUGAUCAGAAAUAUAUUUGUCCGUCUCGUAUGGGCGCAGCAUUGCCCGUCCCGUACGGCCAAUUCAUAUCCAGCAGAAUUUUUUAUUUCGGCUCAGUGACAAAAUGUACUACGAUUUAAGACCGUCAGAUCUUAUAGCUUUUUUUUAGCGUGCUUAUUCCGGGAAUAAGUAACCCAUGUUUCUUGACAGUGACUUGUUUUUUUGACGUGUUUGUUAGGUUCUUGUUCAUUCGAUAAAACAAAUGACAACACGAUUGGCAGCUGUCACUUGUUUUACAGAUUGAACAAGAAACCCAGCUGUAUUGACCGCAAGAAAAA